CGCCAACUCGUUCGUGCGCACUCUUAAGAAAUAUGCGGCAAGGAGCAGUUUGAUGAUGACACAGACAUUAAUAAUUAAUCAUGAAGAUAUAAGAAGGAAGGAUGUCGCCAGCCCCCAUUCCCCUCCCUUUACAUCAUUGAUCAUCAACUUUAAAAAAUUUUAUACAUAGAGAUAGCAUUGCUUUGAAUCACUCCUUUGAACACAUACACUCUCCGUCCUUUUCUUUUCUCAUAAUAAUCUAUACCAACUAUGCAGCGUGGAAUUCUGGCUGCAUUCGUCAUCGCAGGAGUCUCUGCUGCUCCUGUGCGGGUGCUCGAUACCGAUUUUCCUGAUCCAAGUGUCGUAUACACUGGGAGUGAAUACUAUGCGUUUGGGACCAAUGGCAACGGCGUGAAUGUGCAGGUCGCUUCCUCACCCGAUUUCAACACUUGGACCUUGAUGUCCGGUACAGACGCGCUCCCAGGCCCAUUCCCAUCGUGGGUGGAUAGCUCGCCUAGUAUCUGGGCGCCGGAUGUGCUUAAAUUGUCCGACAAUUCUUACACACUAUACUACUCUGCCUCAUCGGCAUCAGACAACAGCAAGCACUGUGUUGGUGCUGCCACAGCCUCCUCUGCCCAAGGUCCCUACACCCCCGUCGACGGCGACAGUCUUGCCUGCCCUCUCGACCAAGGUGGCGCCAUUGAUCCUGAUGGAUUCAUUGACAGCGACGGUACGAUCUACGUUGUCUACAAGAUUGACGGAAACAGCUUGGACGGGGACGGCACCACCCACUCCACGCCCAUCAUGCUCCAACAAAUGGAAUCCGACGGUGUCACACCUACCAGCGACCCGGUACAACUACUCGACCGUUCUGACCUGGACGGCCCCCUCAUCGAAGCCCCUAGUCUGGUGCUGAGCAAUGGCAUCUACUACCUGUCGUUCUCGUCGAACUACUAUAACACCGAAUACUACGAUACCUCAUACGCCUACGCCACGUCAGUGGCCGGUCCAUAUACCAAGCAAUCAGCCCCAAAUGCGCCUCUGUUAGUUACUGGAACAAACACGGACAACGCUGGCUCCUUGAGUGCGCCGGGUGGUUCGGACUUUUCUGUUGAUGGCACAAAGAUUGUUUUCCAUGCGAACGAGAAUGGAAAAGAUAUCACGAAUGGACGUGCAAUGUUUGUCAGUGGUAUCAGCGAGAAUAAUGAUAUAAUUACUCUCCAGUAGUAG